AACAGGCGAAGAACUCAUGGUGACGACGAGAUCAACAGGAAGUUCUAACCAGCUUUGUUUUGAACUUCUCGCUCUUUGUCACUGUUUGUUUUUUAAGUUAUUGAAGUUUUAUGUGCGUUUUGUAGCAUGACUUCUGCUAAAAGAUGAUAAAAUAUGAACGUGCGCUGACUUUAUUGUAGACGCUAUCGGCUCUUUUACGCAGAGAUGUUUGUGAGAGCAGAAAACAUUGGGAGGAAUCCGCUGGCUGUUCGACGCGCUCAACAACACUCAUGAUUCUUCUAGAUCUCAGUCGUGUUUAUGCGAAUCAUAUGCAUCUAAACCAAACUAGAGCACUAGAACCGACAAGAACUUAACUCGGCUAUUGUCCGUCCCUGCCUCUGGGUCAGACUCCGUCGGAGUGUAAUGUGAGAGCUCCGUGACAGCGGGAGAGAUGCCGUGCACAUGCGGGAACUGGAGGAGGUGGAUCCGGCCUCUGGUGGUGCUGCUCUACAUUCUCGUGCUCCUGGUUGUCCUUCCACUCUGUAUAUGGGAGCUUCAAAAAUCAGAGGUUAGCACACACAAUAAAGCAUGGUUCAUCGCUGGGAUAUUUGUGUUCAUGACUAUACCCAUCUCACUGUGGGGGAUUUUGCAGCAUCUAGUCAACUACACCCAACCUGAGCUACAAAAACCUAUCAUCAGAAUAUUAUGGAUGGUUCCUAUAUACAGCCUGGAUAGUUGGAUUGCAUUGAAGUAUCCCAGCAUUGCCAUCUAUGUAGACACGUGUAGAGAGUGCUAUGAGGCUUAUGUCAUCUACAACUUCAUGAUCUUCCUUCUCAACUAUCUGGGAAACCAGUAUCCCAGUCUGGUGCUGAUGCUGGAGGUGCAGGAGCAACAAAAGCAUCUGCCCCCUCUGUGCUGUUGCCCACCGUGGCCCAUGGGAGAAGUGCUUUUGCUGAGAUGUAAACUGGGAGUUCUGCAGUACACUGUUGUGAGACCUGUCACUACAGUCAUUGCUUUGAUUUGUCAGCUUUGUGGGGUCUAUGAUGAAGGAAACUUCAGUUCAAAAAAUGCCUGGACGUAUCUGGUUAUCGUCAACAAUCUCUCUCAGCUUUUUGCCAUGUACUGUCUUGUGCUGUUCUACAAGGCUUUGAGAGAAGAGCUGAGUCCUAUCAAACCUGUGGGCAAAUUCCUCUGUGUCAAGCUGGUGGUUUUUGUGUCAUUCUGGCAAGCUGUGGUCAUUGCGCUUUUAGUGAAAGUUGGUGUAAUCUCAGACUCGCACAUCUGGGACUGGAAGAGUGUGGAGGCUGUAGCCACUGGAUUACAGGACUUCACCAUCUGUGUGGAAAUGUUUUUAGCAGCCAUUGCCCAUCACUUCAGCUUCACUUACAAGCCCUACGUACAGGAAGCAGAGGAAGGUUCUUGCUUUGAUUCCUUCCUGGCCAUGUGGGAUAUCUCUGAUGUACGGGCUGAUAUCUCGGAACAAGUGCGCAAUGUCGGGAGAACUGUCAUGGGUCGGCCAAGGAAAACAUAUUUUGGUGACGAGGCAUUCCAGGACGAGAACACAGGACUGCUGUCAGCUGGUUCUCAGGAUCCAGCCAUUGAAUCGUCCUCCACUCCUCCAUCCCCUAAGGGCCAUUACCAGGGCAUGGGCCACACCUUAACGCCCCACUCCAUCUCGGCUCCCGCCAACCUUGGCUGUGCACCAUGGGAAGGAGAUGUUGAUGACAUCAUGCCUUCUGUGCUAUCUGGUGAUCAUACAGACCAGCAAGGCUCAGACUAUGCAGCCAUCACUUGACAUCACAAAUAGCUAAAGCACAAUGAUCUAAUGUGCAUUAUCUACCGUUUUGAAAACAUGCAGCCACCAUUAAUUAUUGAUACCUGUGUUCAGAGAGGCUCAGUGAAGCUUUGGUAGCAAGAACAUAUAUGAAGGACUUGGGUAGUGUGUUAGUCCUCCAUUUUUUAACUGUGUUUGGCAUUAUUUGCUGAAAACAUGACCAAAUUAUAAACUGACAUUAGAGUGAAGCACAGUUAAUUGCCCAAUAUCAGUUUAAAUUUUUUUUCUCAUCAUUAGAUCAUGGUUAUUUUAAGACAGCUUUAUGAAUGUUUUUUUUUUUUUUUUUCUA